AUGGGAGAUAUUCAGAAACAUAAGAAUAAAUGUUCAUUUGCAGUGAGAAAGUUAACGGAACAAUCACAAACCAAUUUAGUCAAUGGUUCAUAUGUUCCAUCUUCACUUAAUUUAAAACAACAAGCUGAUAACGUUAUUAAACCAGAUAGUGAUAAACUACCUGUACCAACAAAUGAAACUGAUACACCUAAAAUAUCUAAAAGAAAAAUAUUUUUACGGGAUUUUUGUCCACCAUUUAUUGAAUUAUCACGUGGAAUUCGACCAUGGAUAAAACGAAUGCCAGGUGAUUAUAAAGAUGCAGUAAGAAAAGAAAAUUUAAGUAUUGUUUUUGGCAGUGUUCUAUUUAUCUACUUUGUCAAUCUUUCACCAUCUAUUACAUUUGCUGCAUUAUUAAAUACACAAGUUGAUCCUUCCUACACCGUGACGUUAACUCUUUUAGCAGUUGGAGUGUUUUUGAUUAUUUUCACUAUUUUAUCCGGGCAACCACUUGCAAUUAUUGGUAUCUCUGCUCCUAUGUACAUUGUUGAAUCUUCUUUAGUGUCGGUUUCAAGGAGUACAGGAGUCGAUUUCAAACAAUUAAGAUUUUGGAGUGCUUUUUAUUGCUCUAUAUUUGGUUUCAUAUUUGUUGGUUGUAAUAUGUCUGGGAUAGCCAAACAUAUAAGGAGAUCAGUAGAAGAAGUAUAUAAUUCAUUUAUUGGAUUUUUCUUUUUACUUAAAGCAUUAUUUACAAUGUUUUUAUUGAUUCCUGCUAAACCUAAGGAUGACACUCCAAUGUCUAGAAUGGCAUAUUAUCAAAAAUUAGCAGUAGCUGGAGUUACACUAUUUUUAGCAUUUAUAAUGCUCCAGUUCUGUUUAAUACUUGCUCAGUUAAAACGUGGAAAUUACUUUAGAAGGAAUAUUAGAAAACUUCUAGGUGCUUUAAAUGUCCCGCUUGGUAUGUUACUUAUUACUGGAUUGGAAAGAAUAUUCUUUAGAGGUUAUAAUUUACCUACUGUAAAUAUACCACCAUCAAAUCAAGUUAAUGCAUCGACAUGGGUUAAUCCACCGGACUUUGCACGUUUACAAGAUUAUAGUAAAUCUACACCAACACUUAUUCAUGGAACUUCAAUAGCUAUUGGGGUGGCAUUGGCUAUUAUUAUAUUUACAGAAGCAGCUUUGAAUGGUCUAACAGCAAUGAAAAAUAAAGCUGUGAAACCGAAUAUUUUUGUCAUGGAUUUGGUAUUGUUACAAAUUAUUUUUCCUAUUAUCAGUGGAACAACUGGUUGGCCAUUUAUGUCUGGUACAACAGUUAGAACACUUAGUAAUCUUGUUGCCCUAGUCAAAAUGGAUCAAAGUCCUGCACCUGGUAUGCCUCACAAGAUUGUGGGAACAGUAGAGCAACGAGUUAGCGGUGUAUUUGUGGGAAUCCUUGUUGCGCUUUCAAUAUUUCUUGGAUCUAUAUUAAGCAACAUUCCAUUGGCUGCACUCUAUGGAAUGUUUUUAUACAUGGGCGUAAUGGGAUUGAGAGAUUUAACAUUUGUUUUAAGGAUAUGCUCCUUAAUGAAACGUCGAAAACACUGGGAAGAUUGGGAAUGUGUUCGUGGUCUUCCCAGUAGGCAUAUACUAAUCUUCUCACUUAUUCAAGCUGCAGUUGUCUUAAUUCUAGUUUCAUUGAAUAUAAUUUCUGAUUUUACAGUAGCCAACUAUGUUGGUCUUAUCUUUCCGAUCAUUAUUCUCAUCUAUGGCCUUAUUCGUGAAUUUGCACUGCCUAAAUGGGAAUGGUUGGCGUUAUAUUUACAUCAACUUGAUCGUAAAUAUAAACUACAUCCAAGUGUUAUGCGUAAACAACCAUCAACUGUACGUAAUUUAUCAACAAUACGUAAAGAAAGUGUUGGAAGUUUUGCCUCGGGUGGUUUAACUGUUACAUCACAAUUAAAAACAAAUAAUUUUAUUGAAUAUAUUCACGAUCAUGAAACAGCUUCAUAUAGUGAUAUUAGUGAACAUGAAGAUGGUGUAGUUCGUCGAACUUGGGCAACAUAA